AUGGACAAUCACUUAGAUGAAAAGAUCACAAGUCUUGAUAACAACCUCGAUGGCACCACCAAGAGUCUCAAUUCAAUCACAGCAGUAGCUCAUCAAGCAAAGAAGGAGGUGGUCGAAGUAAGCCUAAAGGAGAGGCAAUGUUACUCAAUAAUGCUCACAUUGGUGGAAGGGCAAAAACAAGUGAAGGUGAUGAUCCAAGACUUUCACAUAUCUUUAGACAAGAGAUGCCAAGAUGUCCAGAGGAGAACUAAAGGAGCUGAAGACAAGGCUGAAGGAGUCUCCAAGGAAGUCAAAGAUCUAAGCAAUCACUUAGCUAUACUGGAGGAGAAGGUCUUAACCGAGGCAAAGACAGCCGGCUCAAGGCACAACAAUGCCUCGGCCGUUUUUGUUGUAAGAGAGACCGAUCCAAGAGUGACUUGGGAUGAAGGUGAAAGUAGAGCACGACCAAGAAAGGGCCCUGAAGCUGACAAGUAUAGGCGGGCUUGUACCAGAAGAUACCAUCUUUGA